CAACCAGAAAAUACAACAGGAACACUAGCAACUCACCUUAAUAACAAGCAUCAUAGUAAUAUUUCUCUAAAACAACAAACGUUUCUAUGUUUUACUACAAAACCAUAUACAGCAAAAGAUGCUCAACGAGUAACAGAAAUAAAUAAAAAACUUGUAGAUUUGAUUAUAUGCUGUCAAUUACCUUUCUCUAUUGCAGAUAAUCAGUAUUUUAAGAAGUUACUUGGUGUUCUUGAUUCACAUUAUCAUGGUUUCUGUAGACAAACAUUACAAAAUGAGAUAAUGAAUCGUUUUGAAAAUGCAUGUGAAAGAAUUACAGAAUUGCUUAAAAAUACUAAUUCAAUGUAUCUUUCUGAUCAUGAAGAGGAUGAGUGUUAUAUAGCUCAAUCUAUAAUUCACAAAUUAGAAGAAUAUUGGAAUCUUAUUAAUCCAUCAACUAUAUUAUCUACUUUACUUGACUCACGUUCAAAGUUGAUAACCUUUGCAAUGCAAGAUGAAAGAACUAAUGCUAUAAACAAGUUACGUAAAU